AUGCAUUUUGUGAUAUAUUGUCGUAUUCGAACACUCUUUCUCUGGUCAUUUCUCAUAUUUGUUCUACUAGUAGGCUAUAUUGUUUGGCCAUGGUUUCAUGCUGCAUUAAUAUGGAAUAAAAGUACUAUUGAUUUUCCAAUAGUAUCACCAUUAAAUAAGCCCCUAGUAAAUGUUCCAGCUAUAAUUCAUCAAACAUAUCGUAAUGUUCAUGGAAUACCAUCAAGUUGGAAAAAAGCAUCACAAACAUGUCAAGAUUUGCAUCCUACCUAUGAAUAUCGUUUAUGGACAGAUGCGGAUGCUCGUCGUUUAAUUGAAAAAGAAUUUCCAUGUUUAUUAUCAACAUUUGAUUCAUAUCCAUAUGAUAUACAACGUGCUGAUGUUAUUCGUCUGAUUGUUUUAUACGUUUAUGGUGGAAUUUAUUUAGAUUUAGAUAUUAUUUGUUUACAAUCACUAGAUCAAUUACGCACAUUUGAAUUUGUUAUACCAAAAACAAUGCCUGUUGGAUUGUCAAAUGAUUUUAUAGUUGCUCAACCAAGACAUCCAUUUUUAUUACAAAUUUUAAAUAAUUUACCAAAAUAUAAUAGAAAUUAUUUUACAAAAUAUUCAACAGUUAUGUUUUCAACUGGUCCAAUGUUUCUUACACAACAAGCAUCAUCUUACUCAAAUCGUUCGUCUAUAGAUGUUCUUUCUCAAGAAUUAUACGGAAAAUAUGUUCAUAAUUCUACACGGUCACUUUUCAGACAUUUGAAAGCUUCAUCUUGGCAUGGUAAUGAUGCGGCAGCUAUCAAAUGGAUCUAUCGUCAACGUAUAGCUUGUUUUGCAGUGUUGUUCACUUUAAUUGUUAUGACCUUUGCCCUUAUCAGCAUCGUCCAAUAUCGUCUUACAAUUAUAAAGCUUUUUCGAAAAGAUCCUUCAAUAGUAAAAUCAAAAUUAAGAAAACAAUCAUUUACAUAUGAUAAGAUUGAUCCGACUACUUUGUUGUAA